AUGGACCGGGGGAUGAUACAAACCAGACACUUGGGCGAAGUGGUAGCUCCGACGGCCCCGGAAGUGGCAGCGGUGAUGGCGGACGGUGCUCAGGAAGUACAGCAAGAUGUGGAAGAGGACUUCCAUCAUCUCUGCUUAAAGGAUUAUCGAGCAGUUAAGUUACCGAUUUCCAUUGAAAUUCAUUCUGAAUUCACAACAAAAUGUGUAAGAAAAAAAUUCAGCGGCGGGCUAGGUCGAUACACGAGCGGGUCUGCGACGCUGCGACUGCGCGCGGGCGCGGUGCCGUACGCGAUGCGCGCGCGCUUGGACGCUGAGCUGAGCGUGAUGCUGCGGGGUGGCAUCAUCGAACCCGUCGACUGCUCCGACUGGACCUCGCCACUGGUGUCGAGGAAGAAGAAGAAGAAGAAGCAGAAGAAGAAGAAGCAGAAGAAGAAGCAGAAGAAGAAGAAGCGGAAGAAGCGGAAGAAGCGGAAGAAGCGGAAGAAGCGGAAGAAGCGGAAGAAGCGGAAGAAGCGGAAGAAGCGGAAGAAGCGGAAGAAGAAGCGGAAGAAGAAGCGGAAGAAGAAGCGGAAGAAGAAGCGGAAGAAGAAGCGGAAGAAGAAGCGGAAGAAGAAGCGGAAGAAGAAGCGGAAGAAGAAGCGGAAGAAGAAGCGGAAGAAGAAGCGGAAGAAGAAGCGGAAGAAGAAGCGGAAGAAGAAGCGGAAGAAGAAGCGGAAGAAGAAGCGGAAGAAGAAGCGGAAGAAGAAGCGGAAGAAGAAGCGGAAGAAGGCGGAAGAAGAAGCGGAAGAAGAAGCGGAAGAAGAAGCGGAAGAAGAAGCGGAAGAAGAAGCGGAAGAAGAAGCGGAAGAAGAAGCGGAAGAAGAAGCGGAAGAAGAAGCGGAAGAAGAAGCGGAAGAAGAAGCGGAAGAAGAAGCGGAAGAAGAAGCGGAAGAAGAAGCGGAAGAAGAAGCGGAAGAAGAAGCGGAAGAAGAAGCGGAAGAAGAAGCGGAAGAAGAAGCGGAAGAAGAAGCGGAAGAAGAAGCGGAAGAAGAAGCGGAAGAAGAAGAACGAAACAACAUUGCGAGGACCGUUCCCCUGGACGCCUGUAUACUCGGUCUCUUCUGUCGUUGCCAUGGAGACACAUUCUGCUGUCUUCAGUGA